AUGGCGAUGAUGACUGGCCGUGUGCUGCUGGUGUGUGCCCUCUGCGUGCUGUGGUGCGGUGCCGGCGGUAGAUGUGACGAGGAGAUCGCGAAGGAUCCUGUUGGUCCAAGCGGUGCUCCUGGGAAUCUUGGUAAAGAUGGAAUGGAAAAGGCAGAUCGUUCAGCAGUGGGACACGGAGAAUUAGGUUUAGUACCAGAACCACCAAAAGAUGUAUCACAAGGCGGACCCUCAGAAAGAACUUUGGGAGGACCAGGUGGAGAUGCUGUGGAUAAGAACAAAGAUGUUUUGAUUUCUGGAAAGGUGGAUGAAUUUAAAUCGCCUUCACCAGAAAAACAACCCCCAGGAACCGAUGAUCCGGCAAAAAGCAUAGAAGAAGAAGUGGAAUUGCAACAACAAAGAAAUGACGGGAAAGAAUUAGAAAAUCAGCCACAGCUGCAAGUACCAGUGACACAACAGGAGCAUGGCGUACUGCCACUAUCGUUGCCACACCCGCAAUCACAACAAUCACACCAAAAUACACAACAGCAACAACCACAGCCACAAAUACUACGAAAAGAAGGAGGCAUGCCGCAUGAAAAAGGAUCCGAAAAAGGAACGCAAGAACUGGAUAAAUUAAAAGAAGAAUCUCAAGAUACAGAACUGCAAAAUAAAGUAAAAGAAGAAAAAAUGAAGCAAGAACUAAAAAAUGAAGAAAAAGGAGGAGAACAUCAGCCACAAUUGCACGUACCAGUCGAACAACAGGAACAGAGCGCACUACCACAACCGCCACAAUCAAUGCAACAGCCGUCACCACCGCAAGAACAACCACGGCAGCAAAAACAGCAACCGCCUCAUGGAAACCCCGCAGAUAAUGAACAAGAAUCCAAGACGGAUAAAAAUGCCGUUGGUACAAACAAAACCGCAAAUGGCACGGCGACACCUGCCGACAGUGACGGCAGCACCGCGGUCUCCCACACCACCUCCUCCCCUCUUUUGCUUCUUCUUGUUGUUGCAUGUGCGGCUGCUGCUGCGGUGGUGGCCGCGUGA